CAGAGCUUCACCUGUGUGGCUUCUUGUGAGCAAUGAGCUAAGAGAAUCAAAACACGUUUACCACCAUUAUCCUUACCAUGAAGGUAGCAGGGGUCUUCGUGGCCCUGGCACUUUUCAGCCACUUUGAAGAUGUUGCCAGUCAAAUGAGAUACCAGGAGGGCAUGUGCCGUGAAUUCCAACCAUUCUUAGAGGAUGGGAAUUUAUACUGCAACAGAGACAUAGACCCUGUUUUCGGUCCUGAUGGCAGGAGACAUAUGAACAAGUGUGUCAUGUGCCGUGAAGUCUUACAAUUUCCUAGUUCCAUCUCUAUGGCAGAAACCCCCUGGCAGAGGCAAACACUGCAACUUAUAACCCCCAGAACAGAGAGGAGAAUGAGAGCAAUUGCUGGUAAGGAUUGGCCCAAAAAUCCUUCUUCAGCAAAGGAUGACGACUGCAGUGAAUAUUGGCCUUAUUUCAGAGAUGGGUCAUUUUCUUGCACCAGAGAGAAUAAUCCAGUUCGCGAUGCUUCUGGCAAGCAGCAUAGCAAUAAAUGCACAAUGUGUCUACAGAAGUUCAAAAAUGGAGGUACAAUGAAUUCUGUUGGAAAGGAACAACCACAAAAUGGAAAAAACGAGAGGAAUGAUGGAUGUGAUGAAUAUCGAUCAGAGAUGGGACCCAGUGGAGAACUCACUUGCACCCGUGAGAAUGCUCCAGUGCGGGAUGCAACUGGCUACACAUACAACAACAAGUGUAUCAUGUGCUCAGAGAAAUUCAAAAAAGAAGUCCGAGAAGGCAGGAUCGUUGGAGGAGGAAGAGGAGGCGGUGGUGGUGCCGUGGGUACUUAUGCGAACAAAAUCGCUCAAGGGAAUUUCAACCCAGGGAACAGCAAUGAGAAAAACUGCAAUCCAUAUGGAAAAAAUGAUGUAAAUAAUCCUUGCCCCGCAGAGUAUCAGAUUGCAUCGGGGGAUUACAGAUCAUAUACCAAUUGUGGAGGGACAGGACAGUCAUCAUACUACAAUGAAAAUUGUAGGAAAGGGCCCUUCCGCAAUAGGCAGAAGAAAAUUGCUGUUGUGGACAAGAAGCCCACCCCAGGACCUUCAGGUGAAGGGCAGCCCACGCCAGGACCUUCAGGUGAAGGGCAGCUGGACUGUGAUCAAAUUCUAGCUGAUAUAAAGAAGGAAGCGACUUCGUGCAAUGCUCUGUGGUCUCCUGUUUGUGGCACUGAUGAGAAAACAUAUAGCAAUAAAUGUUUCCUGUGUUCCGCAAUUGUGAAAGCUGAAGAUACCCUUACACUAAAGAAUGAAGGUGAAUGUCAAGCUGGUCAUGUAAAGGCUGACUGCAGUCAAUACCCCCAAACCAGAGGGAAAGUCCUUUGCAAGAGGAGAAGCCAGGAGGUGUGUGGAACAGAUGGCGAGACAUACGGCAGUGAGUGCAUGCUCUGUGACAGAAUCCUAAAAACGAAAUCUGAAAUUGGUAUAAAAAAUAUUGGACCAUGCUCUAAGAUAUAAAGGCGUUCAGGUUGCCAGAAAGCUUUAGGAAGAAAGCGUGACAAAGAGCAAGUGAUGGAAGAAUUGGCAUUCAGAAUCAAGGAAACUGCUGCAUUCCCAAGUGUUGCAAAACCUGCCUUCAUAUUAUAUUCAAGGAGCCAUCCCAUGUCUAUAGUACAUGGGCAACAACUCUGCACUGCUGUGCAUAGGGACAGGGUGACAGACCUUGAUGACCCAGUCAUCAGACGAUCUCUUCCAUUUGCUUCCUUAUUGAGUUUCAUUCUUCCCUCUUCCAUGGACACUCCAGAACAUUUUCUCACCUCCACCAAUCUCAUUGAGUUUCUUCAAUAAAUAAAUAAAUAAAACCUAA